AUGAAUAUAAACAUCUUGCAAAUAAAAUGUUCCAAUCAUACCAGAGUAUCAGAUUUUUUUCUGGUAGGUUUUUCAAUGGUAAAGGAAGCAGGAUUGUACCUCUUUGUUCUUAUCUUCAUUAUCUAUAUCAUAUCUAUAACAGCCAAUGUUUUUGUUAUUGUUAUAAUCGCAAAUGAGCGGCGCCUCCACAAGCCUAUGUACUUCUUCAUUGGUGCACUGUCCUUUCUGGAGAUCUGGUAUCCUUCAGUGACUGUCCCGAGGCUGCUGUGGGCUUUGUUCACUGAAGAACAGUCAAUAUCACCAAUUGAAUGUUUUACUCAGUUUUUCUUCCAUUUCUCCUUUGGUGCCAUUGAAAAUUUUUUGCUGACUGUCAUGGCACUUGACCGGUAUGCGGCCAUCUGCAAUCCUCUACACUACUCAAUUAUUAUGAGCCCCAAUACUUGCAUAUUGCUGCUUUUAGGUUCCUGGCUAUGUGGGUUUCUGAUUGUAGUGAUCCCCUGUUUUGAAAUCUCACAGCUUUCUUUUUGUGGCUGUAACAUAAUUAAUCACUAUUACUGUGAUUUUGCCCCAUUGAUCAAGUUGUCUUGUUCUGAGACCUCUCAUGUUGAAAAGAUGGUUUUCGUUUCCUCUUGCUUUGUAAUAUUGGGAUGUUUUUUAAUAAUUAUUAUGUCUUAUAUUUGGAUUAUAAAGACAACUUUAAGUUUUUCUGUUUCAUUUGGGAGAAGUAAGACAUUUUCCACAUGUGCUUCCCAUCUAAUAGUUGUUGUUGUUUUUUACACUACCACUAUAUUCAUGUUUGUCAGACCCAGAACUGGAGACUUUUUACAUUUAAAUAAAAUCAUUUCUGUUAUUCCAUCUAUAAUAACUCCGCUCCUAAACCCUAUAAUCUACACCUUGAGGAACAAAGAGGUCAAAGAAGCCACGUGGAAAACAACCAGAAAAUGGAAAGGUUAUCAUAUAUAA